AUGGCCGGUACUGGCCAAAAUCAACAAAAACAACAAACACACCAAGAUCAACCGAAAAACGUUAAAUAUCUCUAUUUUCAUUGCAAUAAUCACAUUACGAAUCACACUCAGAAUUCCACUGUUCAAACCACCAAGAUUUUUAUAUCACCACCUGUAUGCACGUCGACAAGUCAUCUAAAACCGAUGAUGACUUCGCCGAUAUCUCCUUGGCAGCAUACAUCAACUAUAGCCGGUGAUAAUGAUGAUUCCUUAACUUGUGAUGAAGCCAAUCUAACCAGCAUGACGCAGCAAUUACCCUCACUUUCAAUAAAUAACGAUUCUACAACUCUAGCUCAACAACCAUAUGAAAACAACGGACAUUUCUUUGUUAAGAAAACUUUUCAUAAGCCUACCUACUGCCAUCACUGCGUCGAAAUGUUAUGGGGGCUGAUCGGACAAGGAUACUAUUGCGAAGUAUGCAAUUUCAUUUGUCAUGAUCGCUGCCGAAAACAUGUCAUUUCACCAUGCUCAAGUAUUGCACCUAUACUCAUUAAAAAUCCCGUGUGUCACAUAUGGUCGGAUGUAUCCCGGUUCAAGCGUAAAUUUUGCAAUAUAUGUCGAAAACGGCUUGAAGAUAUCUCAGCUGUCCGCUGCGAAGAAAGAAAAAAAAGACUUUGCGAAUAUUAUGCACAUGAUGAUUGUAAAGAUUUUGCUGUUAAUGACUGUCGUGAAACAGCCACCUAUGUGCCGUCAAGAGAUAAUUCCACGAUAACAGUACGACAUCAUCAUCAUUGGCGUGAGGGAAACUUACCAUCCAAUUCCAAAUGUGCAAUCUGUAGAAAGACUUGUUGGUCGAGCGAAUGUCUCGCCGGGAUGAGAUGUGAAUGGUGUGGAAUAACCACACAUAGCACAUGUCGUUCACGUGUACCCGAAGAGUGCGGAUUCGGUACUUUGAAAGAUAUCAUAAUUCCACCAUAUGCAAUAUCAAUUCCACGUAUAGCUGAUUUAAACAAAGAUCUCAUAUUGGGGAUUGGAAAUAACAAAGAUAAACCAAUACAAAACACAAAUCCACAGUCAAAUAAUAGUAUAGCAAUGGGACAAGAAAUGAAUAUUGUUAUCGCACCUGAAUCAAAAAGUGCUGUUCAUUUCGUGAAAAGUUCAUCGACCGAACAUCUAUCAGGUGGAAAUGAUGAUCUUGGUGGAAUUGAAAGAGAUUACCGAGGUCGAGGAGCAGAAGCUUGUUCAAGUCCAAAUGUACACAUGGAAACAAGCGGUAGUAAGAAACAACGAGAUCUCCGAACAAACCGAGGGCUGCAAGAAGAAGAAGAAGAACGAGAAAUCAUUCGCGUCUUCGAUGGAAAUGCCACGUUUCGCAAUAGCACUCCACGUUCUAUAUCCGUACCAAGACAAGCAACAUACACCCAGAUUCUGGAGGCUGCUCUCCGUACAUUCCAUAUCAAUGACGAUAGCACCAAAUAUUGUAUAACUGUACCGACAGACGAUGUCGGUGGUGAUCAACCCAUUGAUGAAGCAAUGCCAUUCAAAUCUCUUAAACAAUUAGGCAGUCGUAAACUUAAUAUUUACAUUCGAUAUAAAGAACGAGCUGAUAUGGAUUUCGAUUAUAUACGUGUUUAUCCUGGCAUACUUAAAACUCAUGAUGGUUUCAAAGUGAUUAAAGUCACAUCAACCAGUACAACAUCCGAAGUUAUUGCUAGAGCAUUAGCAGAUUUUGGUAUAUAUAAUGUAAAUGCUGACAAAUAUUCGCUGGUCGAAGUCUUACUUAUCUCCAAUGUUAAUUAUACUGAUCGAAUCUUAGAACCAAAUGAAUGUCCUUUACAUGUUUUAAGGCAACAGAGAAAAGAAUCUGUUCGUAGCCAUCGUGUAACACGAUUUUAUUUACAGCACAAAGAUGAUCCACACGGGCCGUCAGUCUCUCUGUUUGUUGGCAAUCUACCUCCCGGUCCUCGAACGGAAAAACAAUACGAGAAAAUUCUCUUUCAAGACAUUUUUCAAAGCAACAAAGAUCUCAAAUGGGAUAACAUGGAUGUUAUCUACUACGAACAUGGAGCAAUGGUCUUAGUUUACAAUGACGCCGAUCGUGCAACCCGUGCAUUUACUAUUCUACAACAAGCAUAUCAUGAUCAGAACAAGUUAUUAGUUUUAAUGCUGCCAAACAUUCAGUCUCAAGUGUUAACAUCAAAUAUAAGUCCAUUGCUCGUCUUUGUCAACGUCAAAUCAGGUGGACAGCAAGGUGCAGAAUUAAUAACAAAUUUCCGACAUUUACUCAAUCCGCAUCAAGUUUUCGAUUUGCAAAAUGGCGGACCAUUGCCUGGUCUAUAUGUUUUUCGUAAUAUUCCACAUUAUCGUAUAUUAGCAUGUGGAGGAGAUGGAACCGUUGGUUGGGUGUUGAGUUGUCUAGAUAAUGUCGGUCAAGAUGCACUGUGUCAGUCACCACCUGUUGGUAUUGUGCCACUUGGCACCGGAAAUGAUCUAGCACGUGUCUUACGAUGGGGUUCCGGUUAUACAGGCGGUGAAGAACCGUUAGCAUUGCUCAGGGAUAUGGUGGAUGCCGAGGAAAUUAAAUUAGAUCGUUGGACAGUUGUUUUUCAUCAAGAUCAAGAUAAACGUGUACCAACAACAAUACCUGAUGUUAGUAAUAGCAAGACGACAACAAUGUCCUCGUUGAUGACAACAACAACAUCAACGACAGUCAGUUCAGCAACAGCCAAAGCUGAAGAGAAAAAACAGAAACUACGAAUACUUAAUUUACCACCGCCAGCUGCUACAUUACCGAAUGUUAUACAAGUUUCCACAAGUGAAGAUAAGACAGAAAUGUUUGUCAUGAAUAAUUAUUUUGGUUUGGGACUUGACGCUGAUAUUUGCUUGGAUUUUCACAUGGCGAGAGAGGAAAAUCCGAAUAAAUUCAAUAGCCGAAUACAAGCAAAAGGUUACUAUUUGAAAACUGGCCUAAGAAAGAUGAUGAAAAAAGGUGGUUUGAAAGAUUUCACCCGCGAUAUUGUUUUGGAAGUCGAUGGUAAACGUGUUGAUCUACCAUCAUUAGAAGGCAUCGUAAUUAUGAACAUACUAAGUUGGGCAAGUGGUGCCAAUCUUUGGGGACACGAAAAAGAUGAUAAAUUCAAUCGACCAACGCAUUACGAUGGGAUGCUAGAAGUAGUUGGCGUCACCGGCAUUGUACAUCUCGGUCAGAUUCAAUCGGGUAUACGUUCAGGUGUUCGUCUUGCUCAAGGUGGACAUGUUCAUAUUCGAAUGAAUAAUGAUUAUCCUGUGCCAGUUCAAGUUGAUGGUGAACCGUGGCUUCAACCUCCUUGUGACAUAACUAUUAUACGAUCAGCACUCAAGGCAACAAUGCUGCGAAAACGUAAAUCGAAAAUUAAACGUCGUAAUACCGAACCGAGUGUUUACUUUCCUGAACCAGAUGAUGAUUCAAAAUGUUGA